AUGCCGUCGCAAACGUUCGAACUAUUGGAUUAUUUUGCUCCACUCUUCGUAGGGGGUGUCUUCGCCGUAAUUGUGACCAUUCUGACCAUUAUCUUCAAUUUUAUCUUCAUUCAUCGAUCUGAUGAAAUCACAGCCUUCGAGAAGGUUUUUCAUUUGGCUUAUUUCGAUCAGUAUUCGAUUUUAAAGAGCGAAUUGCAUUUUUAAUCUCAUAGUUCUCAUGCGUCUCAAGAAGAAACAAUUUUAGGGCUUAUUUUUCAGUUGGGCGCUAAAUAUAAUCUUCACAUCGGACCUCACCGUCUUUCUGUUGUGAAAGCUCGAAUGCAAAAGCAUGUCGAUGAAGAUGGGAACGUAUUUUGA